UAUGUCAAACUUUCUCAAAAAUAAUCAAACAAUAUUUGGCUACUUAAAAUUCAGUUUUAACUUUCGAUCCAAUGGCUUCCUUUAUUAUCCGAUUGGCUUUGGUGGCUGGUGCGGUCUAUGGCACCAAAGAGCUGGGAAUUUGGAAGAGUGCCGACUACACACAGGACCUAUAUGAAGAUGCUAAGCGGGAGGUGGGUCCCCCCACCGAAGACCUAAUGAGCAGAUUCUGCUGCUGGCGGUGUGAGAAUUGCGACCCGGAUGUGGAGGUGAAGCCCUGGCAGGAGUCGAUGGUGGAUGCCUGGAACGAGGCGGUCAAAAAGACCUUCAACGCACUGAAUGUCCAGGUACCCCUCUAUUACAACCGCUUCUCGAACGACCUCCAGCAAAGCAUAGACGACUUGGUCCACACCGAUCAAGAAGUGGUUAUUGCUCCAAAAGGUGGAACAAACAAAUAGUACUACCAAAGAUCAAAAUUAUUUUUGUAGAAAAGAGGAAGUCUCUGAAAUUGAAAAAUGGAAAAACUAAUCAAUUACAGCUUUCAAAACAUUA